GUAUAUUGGGUUGCGGACAUCUUCCUCGGCUUCGUGACGGGCCUGCUCCACAAGGGACAUCUGAUUACAGACCGCCGGAAGAUUUGCCGGCAUUACCUGCAGACAUGGUUUUUCAUCGAUGUCGGCGUCACUGUCAUGGACAUCGUGCUGGAGUUCGGUGCCGUAGAUGACACGGUAGGAAAGCUGAGUCAGAUCACGCAGUUCUUUCAAGAUCAGUUCGAAACACAAGUUGCAUCCAUGGAGUUCAGCUUGAUCUUUGUGAUGCUUAGCAUGGGCCUGGCGGAGCAUGUCAUCGCGUGCUUCUGGUUUGGCUUGGGCCAAACCAGAUCGGCCGGUGAGGAAACGUGGAUCUCAGUGUCUCCGUAUGCAGAGCAGGGCUUCAUGCUUCAGUACUUGGCGGCCCUACGUUGGGCGCUGGCCCAGCAGGGCAUGGGCAACACAGAGAUCGAGGCGAUUUCACUCAGGGAGGGAAUUUACACCUGUGGCGUGGCGUUUAUCUCGCUCCUGAUCUUCAGUACUGUCAUCAGCUCGAUGACUUCCUUGGUCUCGGCAGUUCACGGAAAGAGGAUGCUUGAGAUGCAGCAGAUGGGGAUCCUAAGGCGGUUCCUGCGGCAGAACAACAUCCCGGCUGGGCUCAGUGCGCGAAUCACCCGUUUCCUUCAGUACACGUACCAUCAAGUAGCCUCUGAGUCACACAGCCAGCCGCCCAUCCUGGAGCUGCUGCCACGGUCGUUGCAUGCAGAAUUACAGUUCGCUUGCUACGAGAGCUGCAUGCGGAAGAUCACGUUCCUCAAGGAGAUCAUGCCGAGGAGGGGAAGUGUCAGUGCCAAGCAAGAGCAGGUGGUCCACAAGAUCGCGACGCAUGCCAUCUCGUUGAUGCAUGCAGCCGAGGACGACCUUAUCUUCGCGAAUGGUACUGAAGCCGAAAUUCUGUUCUGGCCCACGCAAGGUAGCUUUCGCUACUUGCAGACGGAGAAGGCACUGCAAGUUCAGGAGGGCCAGUGGAUCUCCGAGAUGUGCCUGUGGUGCCAGUGGGCUCAUGUCGGCGAUUUCAUCUCGGACGGCUUCACCAAGUUGGUGACCAUUCAUGCGGAGGAGUUCUGCAAGUGCGUCGCCAAGGUCGUGGAGCUGCAGAUGCAAGCCCACCGUCAUGCAACGACCUACGUGGAUGCAUU